AAUGCUAGUACUUCAACUGCAUGUACAUUAGAUUGCACUUUAAAAAUUGGAAGUGGAUUGACAUUCUAAGAUUGCUAAAAUGUAGACCCAACUUGUUCGGUUAAAAAGGAUGGUAGUGGUUGUAUUGUAAUUUAAUCUACAUGUACAGGAUAUGGUACAACAGAUGUAAAUUGUUAUAAAUCUAAUGCAACUGGAACACAAGCAAAUUGUGUCAUGAAUAAAGCCACACCACCAAGUUGUUAAUCAGUGAGUUCAGCGUCUGAUUGCGCACUUGUAAGUGGAUCAGGAAUAUAUCAUGCUAAAUGCUAAGCAUUUAAUAUUGCAUGUACAUCUUUAGGUGAUGGAAGUGGGUGUUAAGAAUUUAAAGCAAAUUGCACUUCUUAUACUGGUAAUACUGAUAAUUGCACAGUCUCUUAAUAAGGUAAAUGUUAUCUAAAUGGUUCUGAUUGUAUUCGUUUUUCUAAUUGUUUUUCAAUUACUGGAACAAACCUUACUCAUUAGAUAUGUAAUUCCUAUAACGCUGAUUGUACAGUAAAUAAAUAAAAAACAGUGUGUUAAGAUAGGAGAGCUACAUGUGAUUUAUACACAUCUCAAGAAUAAUGCACAGUAUCUGCAGCUGCCUUAAAAGCAAGUUAAUGUGUUUGGAGUGGAACAAAAUGUCUUGCUGUUACAGUAGUUGCUACUCAUUGUUCCUACAUAACUGGAACUUACUUGACAGAUUCAUUAUGCGCUACUUACAAUAAUAAUUGUACUGUAAAUUACGAAAAGACUGCUUGCUAGGAGAAGAAAGCUUAAUGUAGUUUAUAUUCAACUAAAAGUUCAUGUACUCUAUCAUAGGCGACUGGUACAGCAGGAAAAUGCAUAUGGAAUAAUGGAAGUUGUCGUAUAAUGAUAUCCCUUGUGACAAUUGCUGGAUCUAUUAAGGACUAUUAAAUGUCAAGUGCAAGAUGUGCAUAGUUUAAUCCGGCUUUUGCAGCCAAAAAAGAUGGGUCUGAAUGCUUUAUAAAACAAGGUUCAUGUAGUCUGUACACAGAAGACUAUUGUACAACAUCCUCAGCAUCAGGUACAGCAGCAAAUUGUAUUUGGGAUGGUUCACAUUGUUUAGCAUUUACAUCUGGUUCUCUUUGUAAACACAUUCAAGCAUUUGAAAUAAAUGAGAGCUAUUGCCCUUCAGUUAAUCCAUUGUGUACUACAAAAUUAACGAGAAACGGCUGUUAUGGAAAGAAGGCUAAUUGUUCAGAUUAUGAUGUUGAAGGUGAUUGCUAAUAAUCACUAGCUUCUGGUACAGCAGGGUUUUGUAUAUGGACAGGUUCAGUUUGCACUUAUGUGACAGACCCUGCCAAUCAAUGUGCUAAGAUACUAUCUGCUCUUCUUGCAACAGAUGAAUAAUGUGCUAGUUAUCAUGCUUCUUGUAUUCCUUUAAUGAAUGGAGCUGGAUGUCAAUAUAUUCAAUCAAAUUGUGCUUCAUACACAGAAGCAAAAAAUUGUUAUAAAUCAUUGAAUGACGGUUAUUGUGCUUGGAUAGAUAGCAAAUGUAUAUUUUUCACAAGUCCUAGUUAAUGUGCUUCAGUUUCUGGUUCUAGUUUGACUAGUAAUUAUUGCAAUGGAUUACACAAAGAAUGCUGGCCCGCUACAAGCAAGUAGACAUGUUAUUAGAUGAAAUCUACUUGUGCACAAUAUAAUAACGAAGGAUAAUAAUGCAUUAGAACUUUAACUAAUGGAAAUGCUGGACUCUGUGGUUGGAGCAAUACUGGUUAAUGCUAUUAGAUAACAUCUGCCAGUUAAUGCAAUACCUAGAAUGUGGGAAUUGUAAACCCCUCUUAUAUAACAACAGAUGCUUUUUGUGCUGUUUUUAAUGCUGGCUGCAUUGCAGAUGCUGAGAAAAGAGCUUGUUAAGAACUGCUAAUAAGUUGUUUACAAUACACAGAGAUGUCGAAAUGUAGUUAUGCUGGAAAUUCAUAAUCUAAGGUUAGAUGUAUUUGGAGCGAUACAAAAUGCACACCAGUAACAGAUCCUGCUACUUAUUGUACAAAGAUUUCAAGACCUAAUUAUGAGUAAUUUAGUGAUGCUACUUGUGUAUCUUUUCAUAGUGGUUGCACAGUCAAAGCAGAUUAAUCUGGCUGUCAAGAAAGAAAAGCAGUUUGCGCGAAUUAUACAACAGAAGACAGUUGCACAUAUUCAGCUGCUGCAUCUCCUUUCAAUGUAUGUCUUUUUCUCAAUUCUAAUUGUGUUGCUGCAAGAGAAUUAUUAACUGAGUGUGCAGCUAUUACUGCAUCUUCAGGUUUGAGUGAUUCCGAUUGCUCUGGGUAUAACUCUAUCUGCACAUCAAAUAAAGCUGGGACUGCUUGUUAAGAUAAAAAAGGAGCAUGUACAGAUUACCAAAAUCAGGAUACAUGGUUCUGUUUCCUCAAGUUCAAAAUGCAUUUGGAAAACUAGUUGUAUUUCUGUUAGUGA